AUGAUGGAGACUUCAGCCGGCAACAUGAACGACUCGGCCAAAGCUUCGGCAAAGGUACGAACUGAAGACACAACUGAGAGCCGCGGAGCCGGACCGUCGACCUCGACAGUCAGCAAGCCGCAGAUGGUUCACAGUUGCUACUCCCCGCCCUGCACCAGGUCCCAGGCCCAGCGCUUCGCGAAUCAGCUCAAGUGCUACCAACAGCUCCCAGGACGGCGCAGUUCAACUCAGAUGAAGAAAGUGAAAGAUUCGUCCAAGGUGAAUGACUCUGUGAACCUAAAACAGGACGAUGUAGGAACGCCCGGCCCGAAGAAAACGUCGAAGAAAAAGAAUCGGCAAGGUGGAAAGCCUCAGGGGGAUGCUGCGACUAAGACAACACCGAAGAAAAGCAGUGCUCCUUCUUCUAUCGAGGACCACACUGGACAAAUAGCUGAAGCUACUCAAAAAGCUGAAGAGAACCGCGACGAGGAAGGAGCCGGUGAUGAAAAUGACAGUUAA